AUGGCGCUGGGCACAAUGCUAUCUCCCAUGGGCCACUUGUCACGACCUUGCCAUUUCCUACACGUCGGCGAAGCAGAGACUCGCGCAAUCGAACACGAGAACGAAAAUCCGGACAACAAAGCCACCAAAAUGCUGACUGUCGCGCGUUCUGCCGCCCUGCUCACCCUCGCCUUGCUGACUUCCGGCCUCCGAGCGGAGCAGGAAGACCUUCAGCAGAUUCAACAGACGCGGGAACUCACCAUCGAGAAGAUCCUGCACACGGCCGUGUCCACCUCGACCUACACGGUGGUGGUGUACCCGACCUGCACCACCUCCGUCGCGGGCGUGUCGGCCUGCCGCGACGCCCACGUCCCAAACCUGAGCCACAUGAUCCACCCAGAGGCCUCACGGGCGCCACUUAGGGGCAGCGUGACGGCUCUCCCCGCGCAGGACGGGUCAGAGAGCUCCACGUACGAGGUCGCCGAGGUCGUGAUGCCAUCCUGCGAUUGUCCGGCGCUUGGCGACGCCCCCAGUUCUUCCUUCCGCUCCGCCAGACUGCUCCAAGACCAGGUCAUCACCAUCCGCUCGACCACCGUCCUCACCCACGACGUCCUCGUGACCAGCACCGACCACGCCACUACGGUGUCCAUCACAUACAACGGCUGCGUUCCUCCUGACGCCCCCGCCACGGCCACCUGCGAUGCGUAG